AUGGAAACGAGUCAAAAACUAAUUCUUAUUCUUCUACCAACAAUUUUCAUAAUUGGUACUAUUACGAUUUAUCAAUCGUUUCAGUAUACUCAUUCUUUUUCCGUUGUACCUAAUAAUCGUGUUCAUGUUGAAUUUUUUGUUAUGUCAAAAUGUCCAGAUGCAAUGAGAUGUGAAACAUCAUUUCUUCCUAGUUUAUUAAAACUUUCAUCAAUUAUUAAUUUUACUCUUUCAUUUAUUGCUACGGAAACAAGAUUCCAUGAAUUUAAUUGUAUGCAUGGUAUCGAUGAAUGUAUGGGAAAUAAACAACAAUUAUGUAUACAAGAUAUAUAUCCACAAACAACACUUAUAAAAUAUCUACAAUGUCAAUCAGCACGAUUUUUUAUGAUUCCAUAUAAUGGUGAACAAUGUGCAAGAGAAACUUCUGAAAAUAUCAUUAAAUGGUAUGAUGUACAAUCAUGUGUACAAUCAAAUAGAGCAAAUGAAUUAUUUCAUAAAUCAUUACAACGAACAUAUUUAGCAUCAACUAGAAAAUCAUGUACAAUUUAUUUAAAUGGACAAUUUUGGUGUAUGCAUGAUGGGCUUUGGUCGAAUUGUGCCGAAGGUCAUGAUGAAAUAAGUUUUAUUCGAGCGAUUUGUUCAAGAUAUAAUGAACAAAAUAAACCAAUAGAAUGUUUCACUGUCGUUUAA